GAAAUAAGCGCGAGAAAAGGGCGUUAGAGAAAUGAGGAGUGGAAGCACAGUAAGCGUGAAAGUGAGAUGAAGAGUGUGAUUCCAUUUCCAGAGAUUGAUUCCAUCUCUGUUGUCCAUUUCCCUUCCAUCAUUGACUGUCUAUCUGUUACGCUCUCAAACUCACUGUACACUCCUCGUGACAUUCGUCCUUCUCCUCUCCCUUUCUUCUUCUUCACCUCCACUCGCCUCCCUCGGCUUAGUCUUCACACUUUGCGCCUCCAGGGAGCCUUCUGAUUCAUGCGUACGCACCAAGCCACAUCCAUUCAAUCGCGUUGUACCUGGAUUCGCCAAGGUCUCAGAGAUUCAGCAAUUGAGCUGUCUAUUCCCUUCAUAGUUUGCCCCAACGCUGGCCAGCGGUUCUCUUCAAAUUUUUGUGGACACUGUACUGCUGAUUAAGAAAAUAUAUUUCUAAAUGAUUACAUAUGACCAAGAUCCUGAUGUGGUUAGGUGGGGUCUCCAGCUAUUUGACGGUGAUCCAUAUUCUAACUACUAUGGUUGCUCCAUCACCCAAAGUGGUCCAGAUUAUUAUCAAGAUCACUACUUUAAAGAAGGUAUUUAUAAUCUAGCUUCUAGCCUGGAAAACAAUGAGUACAAUGCAUGCUCUCUUGGGGAAGAACUAUCACAGCUCUCAGUUGCUGAACCCCAUUCAGACAUCCAUCCAGUGAUAGAUCAUACACAAACACCCUAUUAUUCUCAAGGAUGGUUUAGUCAACCUAUGGGUAGCUAUACAUUUGGAGAUGAGAAUGGUGAAGAAGAAACAACUAAUGUUGGACCAUCCAGUUCAUGUUCUAGUCCUCGAGAAGGGUCAUACUCUGAGGAGGAGUGGUCCUAUUCUCUUGAAUUAUUGGAUGAAUAUGAUCUUGAUGGUGAAGUAGGCAAAAGGUUGAACCAGAUGGUUCCUAUUCCACAUAUUCCUAAAAUUAAUGGGGAAAUACCAUCAAUUGAUGAGGCUACUUUAGAUCAUCAAAGGCUCUUGGACAGACUGCAGAUGUAUGAGCUAGUAGAGUCUAAGGUUCAAGGGGAUGGUAAUUGUCAGUUUCGGGCUCUCUCUGAUCAAUUUUACCGUAGCACUGACCAUCACAAAUUUGUUAGACAGCAAAUUGUGAAUCAGCUCAAAUCGUGUAGAGAGAUCUACGAAGGAUAUGUGCCCAUGGCAUAUGAUGAUUAUCUCCGUAAGAUGUCAAAGAGUGGUGAGUGGGGGGAUCAUGUAACAUUGCAAGCUGCAGCAGAUUUGUAUGGUGUAAAAAUAUUCGUCAUUACAUCUUUCAAGGAUACUUGCUAUAUUGAAAUAGUCCCCAACAUUCAAAAGUCUGAACGAGUUAUUUUCUUGAGCUUUUGGGCUGAAGUUCAUUAUAACUCGAUACAUCCCGAAGGAGAUGUUAUCGCGGUUGAUAGUAAAAAGAAGAUAAGUUCAGCCUCUGCCGAUGAGCAGUUGGAAUCUCAAGAUAAUUACAGCUGAUAUAUUGGUAUUUAACGCCUCCUGAACUCGAUGUCAUCAACCAUGUUAAGUCCCUUGUUGAUACACCGGUGUUUCUAUUUCCCUUUUCUUGGAACAGAUUCGAAGCAAUUAGCUGCUGGCGUGAAUCUACUUGUACGAGAAUUACCAAGCUAAAAUCUGAACUUUAGUGCACCUUAUACGUUAGUCCCCCCCAAUCUCAGGUGUUUGAUCUCAUUUCUCUUCUCAAUCAACUGCUGAGAUCGAGGCACUAAUUGAGCUGCAACUGCCAACAUUUUAGUACUAGUAUCUGCUAAUUAACUCGAUUGUGCAGGAAAGUCCCAACUUCUGAUUCAAUCAUUGCUUCAAUAUAUUGUAUUCGUAAGUCUACUUGCCAAAGAGGCAAAGAUGAAUUUUCAUAAAUUCAGCCAUUGAUGAAACCAUAUUUGCGUAUGUAGAUUAAGCCCACUUGAUGUGUUGGGCCUUGCACUUUUAUUUGGCCCAAUAUGGUUGAAUGUUUCUUC